AUGGGAAUUGAAGUUGCUAAAGAAUUGAACAUUUUAAAAAUUGCAGAAAGUGUCAAUGAAGGAUCACAAGAAUGGAUAAGUAAUUUUGUAAUUGUUCUAAAAGCAAAUAAGACAGUAAGGUUAUGUCUUGAUGCUAGAACCAUAAACAAAGCAAUUAAACAAGAAAGAUACCCAAUACCUACAUUAGAUUCGGUAAUAGAUGAAAUGUAUGGCUCAAAAAUAUUUGCCAAACUAGACAUGAAGGAAGUCUAUACUCAAUUAGUUGAGAUGGAUGUCGAAUCAAGAAAAAUUAUAAAUUUUCAAAUAGAUGAGAGAGACUACCGACACAAAAGAUUAGUAUACCUAUGUGUUGAUAUAAUGAAAAUCACAACAACUUCAAGCAUCAUAAGUAAACUAGAAAGAUUAUUUGCUAUAUUCGGUUAUCCUAACAAAAUUAGAAGUGACAACGGGCCACCAUUUCAAAGCAAAGAAUUAAAACUAUACUUUGAAAAAGGUUGA